AUGGAAAUCUCUUUUGAUUUCAAUCUUAAACUAUUUCAAUAAAUAGGAUAUGGAGCUUUUAGUUAAGUCUAUCUUGGAGAAUACGAUUCUAAAAAUGUAGCAAUUAAAGUAAUCAUAUUUUUCAAUUUAAUAGGUAAUGGAUCCUUGUUACAUUGAAUAAUUUAAAAAGGAAGUUGAAAUUUUGGAAUCCAUCCAUCAUUAAAAUUUUGCAUAAUAUUAUUAUGUAUUAAAAUAUUCUAUUUAAAGAGCAAAGAAACACAAAAUUCUUUAUACAUCGUCUAAGAAUUUUUGGACGGCAAAACACUGACUUAAUUGAUUAAAACUGUUGAAAUGGAAGAAACUCAUAUAAAACAAAUUAUUAACGAAUUACUUAAUGCAGUAUCUUAUCUACAUUCUUAAGAUAUUAUACAUCGAGAUAUCAAACCAGGUAUUCUAUCUAUAUCUAGUAGAUAAUAUAAUUAUUACCACUGAAGGAUAACUCAAACUAAUUGAUUUUGGACUUAGUUCCCAUUCAGAAUCCAAACUAUCUUAUGAUAAAUGUGGAACUCUCUUGUUUAUGGCUCCUGAAAUGAUAUUUAAAUAACCUUAUCUUAAAUCUGUUGAUAUCUGGAGCUGUGGAAUUAUUGCUUAUUAAUUAAUAAAUAAGAAACAUCCUUUUUGGGAUACAUCAGAAUCUAUCUCAACUUUCAUAUAAAGAGUUCAAUAAUUCAAUCCUGAUUUAUCUGAAAUGAAUGAUUAUCAAAGAUCUUUCUUUUUAAAAUGUGCUGCAUAUUCACCUGAAGCAAGAAUGAAUGCCAAUCAGGCUAUAUAACAUCCUUGGCUAUCAGGUGAAGGAGAAUUAUGGUAGCCAAUUACUAUGGCAGAUAUGAAAAAACUAUUUGAUAAUAAGAUGAAAACAAUUUAAACUAUUAAAGCUUUGAUGAUGAUUAAAUAUUUAGUAUAAAAAUUUGGAACUAUUAUACCAAACGAAUUUAGUAAUUGUGAAUUUAAUGACUCAACUGCAGAUACUAAUAUAAAUUUUAAAUUAAAACUUGUAAAAAGUAGUUCUCGAAAUCCUAUAUUCAUUAAAUAAGUUCGUAGCACAAGUACUAUAUUCUUUGAAAGCAAUAAUUUGCCAUCACCUAUUAGAUUUACAUAUAAUAAUAAAAGAGUUUCAAUAUCUCCAAAUAAAACAAUGUUGCACUCUGAAAUAACUUAAUUUAGUUAAAUUGCUAAAAGAAACACAUAAGUCAUAAAACUACCGUAAUUUUAUUUUGUUAAUUUAAUGUAGUCCUUUAUCAAAUUCUCCUGUAAUGAAAAAGCAAAGAAAAAGCAAUUUAAAUUUUAGAUUAAAAUAAUAUUGA